CUACUUUACUCUACCGUUGGCGAGUCCGAUCAUCCUUCCAUUCUCUGCUUUUUGGCGGGGGCGUUGUGUGGGACCCUCCGAUUAAAAUCUCGUCCUUCCCAUCUCUCUUAAAUACUCUCUCUUUCUCUCAUCUCCCCAACUUCCCCCCACUUCUCGUUCUUCCUCCUCCCUCUCACUCUCUGUGCUUCCACUCUCUCCAUCUCCAUAACCACUUUUCCCUCGUCGUCCCAUAAUAUCUUCACUCCAUGAGCACUCCUUGCUGCUUCUUCUUGUUACUGUUCCUCUUUCCUCAGCUCUCUUUCUCUCUCUCUUCCGAUGGGCUCGCCCUUUUGUCUCUCAAAUCAGCCAUUGACCAGCCUCCUGGAGCCUCGGCCUUCCCCGACUGGAAUGAUGGUGACGCCACUCCUUGUCAGUGGUCUGGAAUCUCCUGCAUGAACGUCUCCGGCUCCUCGGAGCCUCGCGUCGUUGGACUCACUCUUUCUGGUAAGAAUCUCCGGGGGUAUAUUCCUUCUGAGCUCGGAAGCUUGGGGUAUCUUCGCAGGCUCAAUCUGCACAGCAACAAUUUCUACGGUUUUAUUCCUGUUCAGCUCUUCAAUGCCUCUUCGCUGCACAGUCUUUUUCUCUACGGUAACAACCUCUCCGGCCCUUUACCUCCUUCGAUCUGCAACAUCCCCCGGCUUCAAAACGUUGAUCUCUCCAAUAACUCCAUCUCGGGUAACAUUCCUGGGGAACUCAAGAACUGCAAGCAGUUGCAAAGACUGAUUCUUGCUGGGAACAAGUUUUCUGGGGAGAUACCUAAAGGUGUGUGGUCGGAGUUAGAUAAUUUGGUUCAAUUGGACCUUUCUGCCAACGAGCUGGACGGGCCGAUUCCGGACGAUAUUGGCGAACUGAAAUCUCUAUCGGGUACGCUCAACCUUUCUUUUAAUCACUUGUCUGGUAAAAUUCCGAAAUCGCUGGGGAAUUUGCCAGUUGCAGUGAGCUUUGAUCUUCGGAAUAACAAUCUAACCGGGGAGAUACCCCAAACGGGGUCGUUCGCUAACCAGGGUCCUACCGCAUUUCUGAACAAUCCGCAGCUAUGUGGAUUUCCCCUCCAGAAAUCUUGCGGUAAUUCGAACCAGGGCUCCUCGGGGAGUCCAAGUUCAUCUCGGGAAUCCGACAACCACUCGAGGAAUGGCCUUAGUCCUGGUUUGAUCAUACUAAUUUCAGCGGCUGACGCUGCUGCGGUUGCGUUGAUUGGCCUUGUAGUUGUGUACAUUUAUUGGAAAAAGAAGGACGACUCCAAUGGAUGUAGCUGCACAGGGAAGAGCAAGUUUGGCGGGAAUGAGAAAGGACAUAUUUGUUCCUUCCCAUGCAUCAGUGGUCUAAAAAGUGAUGACUCUGAAAUAGAGGAACCUGAAAAGGCAGAGGAUGGCAGAGGGGAAGGGGAUUUGGUGGCCAUUGAUAAAGGUUUCAACUUCGAGCUCGAUGAACUUCUCCGGGCUUCGGCUUAUGUAUUGGGAAAGAGUGGAUUGGGGAUUGUGUACAAAGUGGUUCUCGGAAAUGGGGUGCCUGUGGCUGUUAGAAGACUCGGAGAGGGUGGUGAACAGAGGUAUAAGGAGUUUGCGGCAGAGGUUCAGGCCAUUGGGAAGGUGAAGCACCCUAACGUUGUAAAGCUGAGAGCUUAUUAUUGGGCGCCAGACGAAAAGCUUCUGAUCAGUGAUUUCAUCUCCAAUGGCAAUCUGGCCACUGCUCUUCGAGGAAGAAAUGGUCAGCCGUCUCCGAAUCUUUCAUGGUCAACGAGGCUAAGAAUUGCCAAAGGAACAGCUAGGGGGUUGGCCUAUCUCCAUGAAUGCAGUCCAAGAAAGUUCGUUCAUGGUGACAUAAAACCCUCUAACAUUCUACUUGACAACGACUUUCACCCUUACAUCUCUGACUUCGGCCUCAAUCGCCUCAUCACCAUCACUGGAAAUAAUCCUUCCUCUGGCGGCUUCAUGGGCGGAGCUCUUCCAUACAUGAAACCAUCUCAAACAGAGCGAACCAACAAUUACAAGGCCCCUGAAGCAAGAGUCCCUGGCUGCAGACCAACCCAGAAAUGGGACGUCUAUUCAUUCGGAGUUGUUUUGCUUGAACUUCUUACUGGGAAAUCCCCAGAGUCAUCUCCGGCAGCAUCAACUUCUGUGGAAGUUCCUGACUUGGUAAGAUGGGUGAAGAAAGGGUUUGAAGAAGAAAGUCCAUUAUCAGAAAUGGUUGAUCCAUCCCUGCUCCAAGAAGUUCAUGCCAAGAAAGAGGUUCUAGCUGUGUUUCAUGUAGCACUAGCUUGCACUGAGGGAGACCCUGAGGUUCGGCCCAGAAUGAAAUCUGUCUCUGAAAAUCUUGAAAGGAUCGGGUCAUGAUUCGGAGCCUCACAUUCGAAAUACCCCUAGCAACGAUUUUUAGGUAGACUUGUUUAUGAAGGAUAGACCAAGUCUACUUAUUUUUUUCUAAACAGUCACGCUUGAAAAUCUUCCUUGCAAGACACUCCUCAAAGGUGCGCUGCAUAGUCAUGAUGCAUUUGUUUUGGUGGCACUUAGGGUUCUUGGUGGGCAUCGUGAAGAUGGGGUCGCUCAAAAUUCUUUCUUUCUUGGAUCAGGUCGUCAUCUGGAUCUUAACUUCUGUUCGGAAUUUAUGUAAUUUUUUUGGAGAGCUGUCACUCUCACAUUCACCCAACCCCUUCCUUGUUUCUUUUGCGAUCAUCAACCAAGUUGUUAGAUUGUAAUUUAAAUUUUGUUGUGAUGAUCUGAUUACCAUAAUUUUAUAACAAAAUCCAUUAUCAUGUGGGAGAUUCAAAUGCAAUACUGUGUACCCCCUUUUUUCCCAUUUGCCUUUGUCAUACUGAUGAUAAUGAUAGUUUUCUA